GAAGAAAAUGGUGAAGGAAUUUCCCCCUGAUCUCUUCAAGUUUGGAAAAUAUAAUGAGUUCAUGAAAGGAGAUGGUAUAGUGUAUUUGGGCGGUGAUGAUUACAAUCAAUUGGCAUUAUUGUCCAUUAAAAUGUUAAGAUCCACAGGCUCUCAGUUGCCAGUAGAGUUAAUUGUUCCUCAUGAAUCUGACUACGAUGUGGAUUUGUGCAAUAACAUUCUCCCGGCUCUUAACGGUAAAUGUAAGGUGAUGUCUCAUUAUUUACCCAAAGAGCUUAUUUCAAACAUACAAGGCUACCAGUACAAGAACGUUGCAUUACUCAUUUCGUCAUUUGAAAAUGUGUUAUACUUGGAUGCUGAUAAUCUUCCCAUCCAGAACCCUGACUCUUUGUUUGCAAACGAACCUUUUACGAACCACCAUCUUGUCAUCUGGCCUGACUUGUGGAGAAGAUCAACUUCACCUUCAUUCUAUACGAUUGCCGACAUACAAGUUAAUCCUAAAAUCAGAGAGAGAUCAAGCUACUUCAAUGGUGAUAAGAGAGGAGAGAAUGAUCCCAUUUCAUUUCAUGAUGCUAUGGGAGCUAUCCCAGAAGCACUGUCUGAAACGGGUCAACUUUUGAUCAACAAAAGGGUUCAUUUUUCAACAUUGGUUUUGUCCAUGUAUUACAAUUAUUAUGGACCUGACUAUUUCUAUCCUUUAUUAAGUCAGGGAGCAGCUGGUGAAGGUGAUAAGGAGACGUUUAUUGCGGCUGCACACAAACUAGAUUUACCAUAUUAUCAAGUCAAAGAGUUCAACAGGGAAUUUGGACCUCUUAAAAAUGGGAAGCAUGAAUUCUUUGGAAUGGGUCAGUAUGAUCCAUUAGUUGACUACAUCCAAGACACUAACAAGGAUAUAGCAUUGACUACAGAAUUCGUUCCAGAUUAUGCUCUUAAUUCUGAUGAUAAAGAACACCUGAACUAUGAUUAUCACUAUUUCAAAUCCUCUAGUUUGAUGUUUUUGCAUGCCAAUUGGCCAAAGUACAAACUUCAUGAAAUGUUCAACCACAACUCAUAUGGUAGAGGUCCUACAUUUGAUGGAAAGAGAAGACGCUUGUACGAGUGGAACAUUAUAGAUGAGACAUAUGGGUUUGAUGUCGAAUUGUCAAUUAUGAGUAGCCUUCAAUGGUUAUAUUGUGAGAUGAAUAUCAACUUGAAGAAGGUACCAGAAGUCGGCCUGGAAGAUAGAACAAAAAUCUGUCUAGAGAUAAACAGCCAUAUUUCAUUCAUGAUUUCUGUCCAAUAAUUGUAUUAUUAUUACUUGCACCAUUAUUGCUGAUGUUGGAUAUCUUCUAUUAGCAUUUCAUAUAUAAGUUUUUUUACAAAGUAUCCCUGAUAUUGUUUAUUAAGCCAGUAGUUCGUAUAUACAUAUCUAAGCCAAAUACUGAGCUCUCAACGUCGUCACCAUCGCCCUCUUCUCUGGUUCCAAAGCAGGAAUUUGCUCUGAGGGAAUGGUUAACACUUGAGCGAUCAAAUCAGCUUGUUCUGGUGGCAUGGCUCCAAGUUUCACUUGGGUAGAUGGUGGCAAAAAUGGCCACUUUGAAGGCAUAGGAACGCCUGGAUUCAUUCCGUUACUACCAAUGCCUCCGGUAGCAUUGGGAAUCUGGGGUGACACCCCGUAAGGUUGUUGAGGGUUAUUGUGAACCGGUUGUGGGUUCUGCAUUUGUGGAGUUGAGUCAAACUGUGGAGCAUUUAUAGCAUCAUUUAUGACGUUAGUAUCGAUGAAUCCCAUAAGUAAUAAUGCUUGAGCGGCCGACGACGCCAAGUAUGGUGAUAAUUGAAAUACAUCUGGAGCUCUAUUGGCAUUGGGUCCGCUCAAAACACCUUUUAAGUUUGCAAUCAACUCUAUCAAUUGAGCAGGAGGUAUGUUACUUAAGUUUUCGCUGAUUUUAUCGGGAGCCUUGAAAGGCAAAGUUGGAGGUUGUGGUAGAUUUCUUGAUGACAAGCCUGAAUUCUGUUGUUGAUCAUUUUGUAUGUUUUGCUGGCCUCGUUGAUUCAUCUGGUUCACUUGAUUUAUUUGGUUUACAGGGCUUCCGCCUCCACCCAUCUGCUGUUGUGGGUUAUAGUACAGUGGGGUUGGUCCAUUACCUAACAUUUCUUGUGGGAGCUCGACGUUGGACGGUAAAUAGUUUCUGUCCAACUGUAAAAGUCUCUUCGAAGUUUGGUUAUUAGCUCGAAGACCUUCUUUGGAUAACUCGACACGCAAUUUCUUGCUUUUAUUACCACCCUGGUGGAUCAAUACCUGACCAAGUAGGCGUAAUCCUUGACGGGCCUCUUCUGGCGUUAUGUAUUCAAUGAAACAAAAUCCUUUGUUCUUCCCAGAGUAAUCGAAUCCUAAUCGGACAUCUACAACACCCCCUGACCCACAUACAACGGAUCUUAAAUUAUUCUCAUCCCAGUCAAAUGGAACUCCUCCGAUAUAGAGGAUGGUGGAGUUGGCGGUUGAUGAUUGAUUAUUUCGCCGAGACAUGUGUGUUUCUUUUGAUGUGAGUCUUUUGC